CACACACACACACACACACACACACACACACACACACACCUACACACACACACGCACACGUGCCCACAUGCACACCCACCCACACACACGCACGCACGCACGCACACAUGCACGCACUUCCUCUAGUUGGAGGUCUUAUGCUGGAGUGGCUUGAACUCUGAGUCAGACAACAAGCAGAAGCUCCUCUGCUGGCCAGGCGAUUUACCUGCUAAUUUUCAAGGUGAAGAUGGAAAUAUAUGCCGAUGAUGACAACGAUACAUCUGGACUAUGUCUUAGGGAUGAUGACAACUACGUGGGAGCUCAGCUGGCCAUGCUGUACUACUUCAUGUUUGUAUUCAGUCUCUUAGGCAACGGGCUGGUCCUGGUCAUCAUCCAUCGGUUUGAGAGGCUGACCACUGUGACCAACAUCUUGCUGCUGAACCUGGUCUUGUCCUCCGUGAUCUUCAUGAGCAGCCUUCCCUUCUUGGGUGUCUACAUGCAGCUCACCACCUGGAUCUUUGGCAAACUUAUGUGCAAGAUUGUUGGUAGUGUCUACUACCUGGGUUUCUACAGCUCCGUCCUCUUCCUCACUCUUCUGACCUUCGACCGACACCUUGCAGUUGUGUACUCCUUGGAGGCGUCACAUGUGAGGAACCGAAACUACGCUGUGAUCUCCUGUGGUGUGGUGUGGCUGGUCAGUGGCUUGACGUGCAUCAGACCCAUGAUUCUCCACACUGCUUCUGUUUAUCCUCUUGACAACAAAAUCUACUGUGAUGAGGAUCCAGGUGAUGAGGAUCUUCCUAAUAUUAACGUUGAACAGCUGAUAGCAUCUGAACGUUACCUUCAGCUUCUUUUCUUGAUCUUCCCUCUGGUUGUUAUUAUCUACUGCUAUGUUAGGAUUGCAAUCACUGUCAUGUCAUCCAAGAUAGUCACCAAGUUCAAGACAGUCAUUCUGAUUUUUGUCAUUGUACUGUUGUUUUUCAUUUGCUGGACUCCCUACAAUAUUGUAAAGCUGAUGCACGAUGACGCCACUAGCUGUGAGGAAGGACAGAGGCUGGGCUAUGCACUUCACUUCACUCGUACCCUUACCUACAUUUACUUUUGCAUCAGUCCCAUCUUCUACACAUUUGUAGGGAAAAAAUUCCAGAACUAUUUCCGACAGCUGCUGGUUAAACGCUUCCCGAGCUUAAAGCGCUACUUCGCUGUCAGUCAACACAGCACCAUCAACAUGUCCACAAAAAGUACACCAAAUGUGCUUUAGGUCUUUCUCAGGAAUGCCAUGUGUUUAACAAACCACGAUUUUACAAUUAAGCACAGUGCCGUCUGAGUUUAUGUGUUUUUAGGAUGGUCAAGGUGGAGAUCAGUGACGUCUGAGUACCCCUACAGUUUCUCUUCUAGUCAGAAUAAAGCAGAAAAAUUAGCAUACACUGCAUCAUAAAACAAAUGUGUGUUGUAGCGAUUUCUUGAGUUGCUUUUCUGCCAAAAACCUUCCAGAGCUUUAUUUUCCCAAGAACUCAGGUCCCUGGAGGAUUUGUGAUUUGCAUUUCCACUGCAGGGUCAAAGCCCCAAGAAGAUCAAUCAAAUUAGUCUGCUGAUGUAUUUAAAGUGCAACGUGUGAAAGUGUGAAACUGCAGUUCUAUCCUAGUUAUUUUUAGCUACAUAUGCACCUAUCUUGAUGUCCACUAUAUUCUGGUUACCUGCGUUUUUAACCAUAAUAAAGGUAACCAGAGGGGAGGAGAAGCUGCCACUCCAUCUGUCUAAAUGCAUUGUAGAGACUUUAUUUCUAAUUCAGCACUGAACAUGAUGCCUCAGUGAUUUGGUUUGUUUUGGUUUGGCUUCUGGAUUACACUAGAUCUUCACAAACUGAUUUUGGUGACUUUACUAAUCAGGGGUUGAUUUAUUAAGCUCUAAGUUUGACAAAGGUGAUGAAAAUUGGACUUCUCUCUCCAUCGUUUUCUCCUCCCAGCAUAUUUCAGCUGUUUGAGCUGCUUGUGACUAUUGAUUUUUUUUUCUUACGUUGUUGCUUUUUAGAACAUAUUUAUUAGGCAAAUGUAUAAUGAACACAAUGUUUUUUUUGUUAAAGUGCUUUUAUAUGAAUCCCAGUUGAUGAUAGUAUAUUGUGUUGAUGUAUUUUUGUCUCCUUAUCACGCUUUACAUGAUGCCAGUUUUAACUUGGAAAGAAAACAGUGAGCAGGCUGCUCUGAAAAAGGUUGAAAAGUGUUGAAGAGCUUCAUGGCUGCUGGUGGUGUUUCAUUUGGAUGCUGUUUUUGUAGCCUACAUGCUACGUUUUUUCACCUUAUGGAUAUUUCCUUAAAAAUAUAUUAGUGUAGACUCUCAGUCAUCAAAUCAUGGCAAUCCUAAGUGCCUCAGAAGAAGGCAACUGGAUUUCUUAGAGAUGUUUCACCUCUUCUUCAAGAGGCUGGCUGAAUUUAAAUCACUUGUACACAUGCAAUUACUUUUCAAAUCUUUUCUAUAUGUGCCUUUGAUAUGUUCUACCAAUGCAAAUAAUGUCUGCAUUUCUUUUAUUUACAAAUUCAAAACUUUUCUACGCAUGCACCUUCUUUUUUACAAUCUGAGAAUGUUUUCUACACAUCUAAGACAAAUAUUUUCAUGUAAAAUGUUUUUCAUGAGUGCAGCCUUUUCUACAAAUAAACAAUACACACAUGCAUGAAAGUAACUGUCUAAAGAUGAUUUAUUCUACAGGCUUACACCGCUAAACUUUAGAAUCAUUUGAGAAAACACGUUUCAUAUCUUACUGCACCUUAUUUGGGUAUAGAACUACUAAAUAACACCACUGAUAGAAGAAUUAAUCAAACUGCAGUGAGACGCCUGUCAUUAAAUGUGCUUUUGUUACUUGUGACUGCAUAGAACAAAUUAAAAUAAGAGAAGGAUGACCAGAAAAUGAGCAAAUAUGUGUGGUGCUUUAUGAGUCCCUGCACUGUUUAAAUGUCAGCCUUAGUCUGAUGUAUACUGAGCCUUUAAAACAGCUGUUUGCAGAACACUGGAAUCUUCUGUCUAUUUAUUCUGCUCUUUAUUUUAACACUUAAGAGCACGUAUGACCUGCAUUUUACAAUAAUGACACCAAUCAUAAGUCAGCUUGUCAUUUUACCACCCACGGUUGUAAACACCAUUAUUCAGCGUUCAUUAUGUUCUCUAAAUUUGGUCCUAGCAUGGGUUCUAUGUUAAAGCAGAUCACUUGCCAAACUACCCGCCUGCAUCAGCGUCUCAUUUUUCCUUCAGUGGCAAAUGUUAAAUUUCACCCUGUAUGCUGCUCUGUGAUAAAUUAUAGCCCUGCUUUAAAUUUCUGCCAUUUAGAGGAGAGGGAAGGAAAAAAAACAAGCUGUCAAGAAUGAACAGGGACUUCAGCAAAAAGUGAUGCUUUCAGGUACAGGACUUUCCCUCCACUCUGCUCUGGUAUGUCAUGUGAAAACUCAGGGAGGUGUUAGAAGAGUCUGAUAUUAUCACUGCAGUGAACAUGAUUAGAUUAGAAACAUGUUUUGCAAAUGGGAGUAAAGGGGAAGUCGUGUCUUGUGCAACAGUUUCAGUAGAAGCUGGAGGACGUGAUAUUUCUAAAUGAUUAAGAGCACCAUGAAGCCACCCCCAUGCUAACUGCAGUAUAACCCUGUAUAUAGCUACACAGUACAAAAAAUCUGAUCUAAAUCUUAUUUAUAGUUACUGAAAAUAAGUCAAGCUGCAGGUCAGCUACUGUGUAUGACCUGCAUGUUAACAGCAAGAAAGCAGCCGGCCGGAACAGCAGCAACUCCUCACUAGCUGCUGGGGAAGUGACUGAUAUGAUUAAUGAUGUAAAACCUGCACGCACGCACGCACGCACGCACGCACGCACGCACGCACGCACGCACGCACGCACGCACGCACAUAAAUGCUAGAUUUUCUGACAAGAUAAUGAUCAAAUUAAUCAUUUUUUUCAAGCUUAGUAUAUACAGUUUGAUUUGUUCUAAUUGUAAUUCAUAAUAUUUCAAGAGUCUGACAUAUUUUUGCAUGUUAAAUCCUGAUUUGCAAUCUCAGUAAAAUGUAAAAUAUUUCCCUCUGAAAUACACUACUGUUCAAAAGUUUGGGGUCACUAAGAAAUGUCCUUAUUUUUGAAAGACAAGCAGUUUUUUCAAUGAAGAU